AUGACAGUCGAGGAGGAUAGCAAAACGGUCCCUGAUAACGAGGAAACCAAGGCAGCGGCUGCUGUGUCAGCGAAGUCGGGAUCGUCGACCUCGCUGUCGGUUACGGGCCGCCGAGGGCAGUACAAGGACAUUGACAGUACCUUUGACACUACUGAGGACCCACGUUAUUACAAACCCAUCCCGGACUAUGAGGGGAUUCACAGAUGGGAUCCCGAGUUUGAAUGGACAGAAGAGGAAGAGAAGAAGGUUGUCAGAAAGAUUGACCUCCGAGUUUGCACAUUUGCCUGCAUGACCUUCUUCGCCCUCCAGCUGGAUCGAGGAAAUAUCGUCCAAGCUAAUUCAGACAAUAUGCUGACCGACCUCGGCAUGACCACAAAUGACUAUAACACUGGCCAGACCAUAUUUUACUUGACCUUCCUGUUUGCCGAGCUUCCAUCACAACUUAUUUCUAAGUGGGUCGGGCCGGAUCGUUGGAUUCCUGUGCAGAUGGUUUGCUGGAGUCUUAUCGCGUCUUGCCAAGCUUUUGUCAAGGGUAGAUCAGGAUUCUUUGCGUGCAGAGCUAUGUUGGGUCUUUUUGAGGGUGGUUUCAUUCCUGAUACGAUCCUAUUUCUUUCGUUCUGGUAUAAAUCCAAAGAACUCCCGAGUCGCCUGAGCUGGUUUUGGGUCUCUUAUGAAGCCACUGCAAUUGUGGGUGCAUUUCUGGCAUUCGGCUUUCUGCACAUCCGAGGCCCUGACGGCGGCGGUGGCUGGCGGUACUUGUUUGCCUACGAGGGUUUGAUCACCGGCGUUAUUGGCAUCGUCGCCGCAUUUUGGAUGCCCGCCUCUCCCACACAGACUGCCGGACGGUUCCGUGGAAAAGGAUGGUUCACUGAGCACGAAGAAAAGAUCAUGGUCAACCGGGUGAUCCGGGAUGACCCCAGCAAGGGUGGCAUGCACAAUCGUCAGGCCGUCACUCCCAAAAUGCUGUGGCAUGCGCUAUGUGACUAUGACAUGUGGGUUAUCUACCUGUUGGGAUUGACAUGGAUGGUCCCGACUGUUCCCGCAACGAGCUACAUUACUUUGGAACUGAAGGCGCUUGGCUUCUCGACCUUCCAAACGAGCCUUCUUACGAUACCCGCCUAUGUUCUCUUCAUCGUAAACUUGCUUUUCUGGACAUGGGUUUCAGAGCGGUUCAACCAACGCCUGCUUCUCGGUGCAGUUGCCGAGCUCUGGGUUCUGGCGGCUUUGAUUGGCCUGGAGGUCAUGCCAGACAGUGCCAGUGCCUGGUCUCGCUGGGCGUGUAUUUCACUCGUGAUCAGCAUGCCGUAUAUCCAUGCCGUCGUGGUGGCGAUCACCUCACGGAACGCAGGCACGGUUCGGACGAGAACUGUUGCAACUGCGUUGUACAACAUGGCGGUACAAGCCAGCAACAUCAUCGGCAACAACAUUUACCGCACCAACGACAAGCCUUAUUACCACGUUGGGAACAAGGUUCUCAUUGGCCUUUCAGUAUGGAGCAUGGCGUUGUUUGUUUUUUCGAAAUUCUACUAUAUCUGGCGAAACAAGAAAAAUGCCGCCAUCUGGGAUAACAUGUCGAGCGAAGAGAGGGAACGAUACGUGGUCGAGAACAAAGAUCUUGGGAACAAGAGGGUCGAUUUCCGAUUUGCGCACUAA